AUGUAUUCCUCUGCGCAGUAUUCGGCUCCUCCGCCGAACUACAUGUCCUACGACUACAUGCGCUCUCCGCCCGUCUCGCCUUCCCCCCACGGGCCCAGUUAUUACUCUACCAGGUACUCCUCGCCGCGAGGAUCGCCGAAGCACCACUCUCGUCGCGCCAGCCAGUACGACCCGCCGACCUACUCCUACUCGCGCCCCCCACCACCGCAGUAUGCCUACUCGUACGCCUCGCCGCGAUAUACCUCGCGCGAGUCGACGCCGCAACGCGCCUACGACUUUGUAAGUGGCUCCCGUACACGACCGCGGAGUCGCAGUCACUACGCUCCGGAAGGCGCGCCGUGCGGCAAGUCUUGCGACUGCAAGUACUGCGGCUGCGGCGACAGGAAUCGCUCGACUCGUUCGCAAUCCUACCGCAAGGUGGCCGUUGACGACGACUAUGACGACUACUACCGCGAAAGCCCGCCGCCGCCCUACGAACCGCACCAAAGCUAUCCGUACACUACUUACGAGAAGGUCUACACCCAGGUCCCGGAGCACAAGGAGGCAGACGCCACCCGCUCGCGCGCCCGCCGCGCUUCGCACUCGUCACGGCCCACCGCCACGUCGACACCAAAGCGCUCUCCGCCGGCAAAGGCAGCCCCCAAGGCCACCGACGAGGACGCGCGUCGUGCGGGCAUUCCGGCCGGCUACUCCUUCAAGAACUGGGACCCUACCGAAGACCCCAUCCUCCUCCUCGGAAGUGUGUUCGACGCCAACUCACUCGGCAAGUGGAUCUAUGACUGGACCGUGUUUCACCAUGGGCCGGCGACGCCGAUGUCCGAGAUUGCCGGCGAGCUGUGGCUGCUGCUCAUCCAAUUGGCGGGCAAGGUCAAGCGGGCUGAGGAGGCUAUGUCCAAGAUUCGUAAGCAAGAGAACAGCGAAUUGGUCGAGGACUUCUUGGAGAGUGGCGAACGGCUCUGGGUCCGGUUCAGCAAGUUGCUCAAGGUGUGCGAGGAUUACAUGUGGAAGGCGGCCAAGCGUGAGGCGGGCGACAAGAAGCCCGUCUCAAUGGGCAAGAACUCGGGCUGCGAGUUCGUCGACACCAUCUUCGGACGCGACAGGGAGCUGGAGAAGACGGAGAAGCUGAUGACUGCGAUGCGCCUGUGGUCCAUGCGCUUCGACGCCAAUUGCGAAGAGAUCCUUCGCUACCCUUCUGCUUAG